AAUUAAUUUGGCGGAGUGUCGCCGUGUCGGCUGUAUGUACACAUGCAGGACAGUAGGGAGGAGGAGGGCAAGCAUCCAAGUUUAUCACUUUCCUUCCACCUUCCACACAAAAGAAAAGUUGAAACCCCAAAAAGAAAAAAAGAAAAAAGAGAGAGAGAGAGAGAUCCAAGAAGGCAGUGAGGGUGGUGGGUGGGGUUAUAAAAAUAAAACUGACCUCUCUCCCUCCCUACAUAUAUAAAAACCAUCAGUCUAACUGAAAAAACAUCAAUCAAUCAAAGGGUGAUCAUCACCAUCAUCCAAGUCACGGCCUGUUCUUUUCAUUCAGGAGACAGACACCAUCAUCACCCAAAUCAUUCGACAAGAAAAGCGGCCGGCCAGCCAACCAAACAAGAAAAAGCCUCAAAUCUCAGAUAUGUCAAUGUCGACCAUGUCCGCAGCCGCAGCUCCAACCUUGUCCUUAGACCAACAGUACCACCAAAACCAGCAGAUCCCUCCUCCUUCCUCCAACUCCGAGCAGCUCUGCUACGUUCACUGCAACAUUUGUGACACCGUCCUCGCCGUGAGCGUUCCGAGCGCGAGCUUGUUCAAAACGGUGACGGUUCGUUGCGGCCACUGCACCCAUCUCCUCCCGGUCAACAUGCGUGGCCUCAUCCAGCUCCCGCCGCCGCCCACUUCUCCCUCCGCCGCCGCACCGUCUCCGUUCAACUUCCCCCACCCCUUCUUCUCCCCUACCACUACUACUGCUUCCUCUCACAGCAGCAACCUCCUUUUCGAUGAGAUCCAAAACCAAAGUGCUGCCACCACUCCAUCGCCGCCGCCGCCGGCAAACUUGCUGAUGUUCAACCACCACCAGCUGAAUUCUCCUAUCAACAACAAUGACUACUUCGGCUUCAAUUCGGGGAGAGGAGGAGGACUGCAGGUGUCGUCGGAUGAGCUCUCGAGGCCGCCGCCAUUGGUCGUUAAUAGACCUCCUGAGAAGAGACAGAGAGUCCCAUCUGCCUACAACCGAUUCAUCAAGUGAGUAUAACACAUCAUAUCAUAUCAUGUCCACAGUAAAUGUACAAGAGUUGAUCACUGUUAUUUUGAUUUCAAAUAUCAAGAGUUACAGUGAGUGAAAAGUUAUUGUUGUUGUGGAAGGGUGGAUGAGGAAAAUAUAUCAGUUGUUUGUUAAUGACUACUGUAGGGAGGAGAUUCAGCGGAUCAAGGCAGAGAACCCUGAUAUCAGCCACAGAGAAGCUUUCAGUGCUGCUGCUAAGAAUUGGGCUCAUUUCCCCCACAUUCACUUUGGUCUGAUGCCUGAUCAGCCCUUGAAGAAGACGACUAACACUACCCUCCUCCACCACACUCAGGAGGCGGAAGAUCAUCAGCAGCAUCAUGUUCUAAUGAAAGAUGGGUUCUUCGGUUCAGCCAAUGUCGGCCUUGCCGGUGCUCCUAAUUACUGAUCAUGCAUGAUGAUGAUGAUGAUGAUCAAGUCGAGAAUGAAGUAGUAAUGGCCGCCGGCUGGCAACCGUCACUUCGAUCUACUUAGUUUCUGCUUCAUCUUUUUUACUGUUUUGUUGGUCUAGCAAGCAAGAAGGGUGAACUUAAGAUAUAAGAUCGUAUGGUAUGCUUUAUUUUUAAGUGACUAGCAGCUACAUGUAAUGUUAACUGACUGUCUAUGGAUGAAAGGAUGGAUAUGGAUAAAUCCUCUAAUGUCUGAAAUUAAACCAAACCCUACUCUUCCUAAUGUCUGAAAUUAUAUAUGAAGUGUUUCCUUCCAAAGAUGACCACAAAGACUUCUGACUUCUGAGGGGGGAAAAAAAGAAGAAAGAAGUAGAUCACAAAGACCGG